AUGCCUGUUCGCAGAGGUCAUGUGGCACCACAAAAUACAUUUUUGGGGACCAUCAUACGGAAAUUUGAAGGGCAAAAUAAAAAAUUUAUCAUUGCAAAUGCCAGAGUGCAGAACUGUGCUAUCAUUUACUGCAAUGAUGGGUUCUGUGAAAUGACUGGGUUCUCCAGGCCAGAUGUCAUGCAGAAACCAUGCACUUGUGAUUUUCUUCAUGGACCAGAGACCAAGAGACAUGACAUUGCCCAAAUUGCCCAGGCAUUGCUUGGGUCAGAGGAAAGAAAAGUGGAAGUUACCUAUUAUCAUAAAAAUGGAUCAACCUUCAUUUGUAAUACCCACAUAAUUCCAGUGAAAAAUCAAGAGGGAGUGGCUAUGAUGUUCAUCAUCAAUUUUGAAUAUGUGACUGAUGAAGAGAAUGCUGCCUCCCCAGAGAGGUUCAAUCCAAUAUUACCAAUAAAACCUGUAAAUCGCAAACUUUUUGGGUUCAAGUUGCCUGGUCUGAGGCUCCUGACAUACCGAAAGCAAUCCUUACCACAAGAAGAUCCAGACGUGGUAGUAAUUGACUCGUCUAAGCACAGUGAUGACUCAGUGGCCAUGAAGCACUUUAAAUCCCCUACAAAAGAAAGCUGCAGCCCCUCUGAAGCAGAUGACACAAAAGCACUGAUACAACCCAGCAAAUGUUCUCCUUUAGUUAAUAUAUCAGGACCACUUGAUCAUUCCUCUCCCAAACGGCAAUGGGACCGACUCUACCCUGACAUGCUGCAGUCAAGUUCCCAAUUGACACAUUCCAGAUCAAAAGAAAGUAUUUGUAGUAUACGAAGGGCAUCAUCAGUGCAUGAUAUAGAAGGAUUCAGUGUCCAUCCCAAGAAUGUUUUUAGGGACCGACAUGCAAGUGAAGACAAUGGUCGCCAUGUCAAAGGACCUUUUAAUCAUAUCAAGUCAAGUCUACUGGGAUCCACAUCUGAUUCAAAUCUCAACAAAUACAGCACCAUCAACAAGAUUCCUCAGCUCACUCUGAAUUUUUCAGAUGUCAAAACUGAAAAAAAGAACACAUCCCCUCCUUCUUCUGAGAAAACAAUUAUUGCACCCAAGGUUAAAGAUCGAACACACAAUGUAACAGAGAAAGUCACCCAGGUUCUAUCCUUAGGAGCUGAUGUCUUGCCAGAAUAUAAACUACAGACACCUCGGAUCAACAAGUUUACUAUAUUGCACUACAGUCCUUUCAAAGCUGUCUGGGACUGGCUUAUCCUAUUGCUGGUCAUAUACACUGCUAUAUUCACCCCUUACUCUGCAGCCUUUCUCCUGAAUGACAGAGAAGAGCAGAAGAGAAGAGAGUGUGGUUAUUCUUGCAGCCCCCUCAAUGUGGUAGACUUGAUUGUGGAUAUUAUGUUUAUCAUAGAUAUCCUAAUAAACUUUCGAACAACUUAUGUAAACCAGAAUGAAGAAGUGGUAAGUGAUCCAGCCAAAAUUGCAAUUCACUACUUUAAAGGCUGGUUCCUGAUUGAUAUGGUUGCAGCAAUACCUUUUGACUUGCUGAUUUUUGGAUCUGGCUCUGAUGAGACCACAACAUUAAUUGGCCUUUUGAAGACAGCUAGGCUUCUGCGAUUGGUGAGAGUGGCACGGAAAUUGGAUCGAUAUUCUGAAUAUGGUGCUGCUGUUCUCAUGCUUCUCAUGUGCAUAUUUGCGCUAAUUGCACAUUGGCUGGCUUGCAUUUGGUAUGCCAUUGGCAAUGUAGAAAGGCCUUACCUUAUUGACAAAAUUGGAUGGUUGGAUACCUUAGGACAACAAAUUGGAAAACGUUACAAUCAAAGUGAUGCAAGCUCUGGACCAUCCAUUAAAGACAAAUACGUUACAGCACUUUACUUUACCUUCAGCAGUUUGACAAGUGUAGGAUUCGGGAAUGUGUCUCCUAACACCAAUUCGGAGAAAAUCUUUUCCAUUUGUGUCAUGUUGAUUGGCUCACUAAUGUAUGCAAGUAUUUUUGGGAAUGUAUCUGCAAUUAUCCAAAGACUGUACUCAGGAACUGCCAGGUACCACAUGCAGAUGCUGCGAGUAAAAGAAUUCAUUCGCUUUCACCAAAUUCCUAACCCUCUGCGGCAGCGGCUUGAAGAAUAUUUCCAACAUGCUUGGACUUACACCAAUGGCAUUGACAUGAAUAUGGUUCUAAAGGGGUUUCCAGAGUGUCUACAAGCUGACAUAUGCCUGCAUCUCAAUCAGACUUUACUUCAGAACUGCAAAGCUUUUCGGGGGGCUAGUAAAGGUUGCCUCCGAGCUUUGGCUAUGAAGUUUAAAACAACACAUGCACCUCCAGGAGACACCCUAGUUCACUGCGGGGAUGUCCUCACUGCACUUUACUUCCUAUCCAGAGGUUCUAUUGAAAUCCUCAAAGAUGACAUUGUCGUGGCUAUUCUAGGAAAAAAUGACAUAUUUGGAGAAAUGGUUCAUCUUUAUGCAAAACCUGGAAAAUCGAAUGCAGAUGUAAGAGCUUUAACAUACUGUGACUUACAUAAAAUCCAGCGAGAAGACUUGUUAGAGGUUUUGGAUAUGUAUCCUGAAUUUUCUGAUCACUUUCUGACAAAUCUAGAAUUGACAUUUAAUCUAAGGCAUGAAAAUGCAAAGGCUGAUCUCAUAAUAAGAUCACAAUCUGCAAAUGAUUCUGAUGGAGAAAACUGUAAACUUCGGAGAAGGAAAUUGUCUUUUGAAAGUGAAAUAGAGAAAGAUUAUCGCAAAGGAAGUAGUACACAUGAUCCUGGAGACUCCAUAGAUACCACAAGACGUUAUCAGUGUUCCAAGAAACAUUUUGAAGAGAAGAAAAGUGGAUCAUCAUCAUUUAUCUCAUCCAUUGAUGAUGAACAAAAACCUCUCUUCUCCAGAAUAAUGGAUUAUGCUCCAGGAACAGAGAAAAGAACUAGUUUGAAUUUUGAAGAACAAAUGAUGACCACUUCAGAAAGAUUCCAUCUUGACAAAAGAAGUCAUUCUUACAAAGAUAUCACUGAUGCAAGAAAUUGGGAACAAGAAAAUUCUCGGGGACACCAAGAGGAGUCUAGUCCCUCAGCAUACCACCGAGUUACCUGGGGGAUCUGUGAAACUGAAAGUGAUCUCACAUAUGGAGAAGUGGAACAUCGGUUAGAUUUGCUCCAAGAACAACUUAACAGACUUGAAUCUCAAAUGACAGCUGAUAUUCAAGCUAUUCUGCAGUUACUGCAGAGGCAAACUCCAGUGGUCCCACCUGCUUAUAGUAUGGUAACAACAGGGGCAGAAUAUCAAAGACCAACUCUCAAAGUGAUGAAAACUCAUCAAUCUGUAGCAUCUAUUAAAACUGACAGAAGUUUCGGUCCUUCUUCACAAUGUCCUGAAUUCCUAGACCUUGAAAAAUCUAAACUUAAAUCCAAAGAAUCGCUCUCCAGUGGGGUGCAUCUGAACACAGCCUCAGAAGACAACUUGACUUCACUCUUAGAACAAGAACCUGAUCGCUCUUUAGAGCUCCAUCCACAGCACAGUAAAACUUACCUUCAUCCCAUUAGGCAUCAUCCUUCUUUACCAGAUUCUUCCCUAAGCAAUAUAGGAAUCUUGGGUCUUCAUAGGCAUGUUUCUGAUCCUGGUCUUCCUGGGAAAUAAUCAUCAUUAUUUUUUUUUACUCUUUACUUCAUAUAAAAUGUAAGUGCUUUUAAUGGCUGUUUUCCUUUUUUUUUUUUUUUUUUUUUUUUUGUAUUUAAAUCCUCUAUACUUGACUCAGGGGCUAACAAAUUACCAUUAUAUGCAAAAGUACUGUAUAUUUUCCUAAAUUAAAGCUUGUAAGGUAAAGUUGAGCAGUUAGAUGUAAAUAUAUUUAAAUAUGUUCCAAAUGUUAAAACUGCCAGCAUCUCAAGGCACCUUAUAUUUUUUUUUAUUUUUAUUUUUCAACACCUGCAUGUUAGGGAACUCCAACUCACGUUGCAUGGACAAUAUCAUUUACUGCUUUCACUAAAACAAUACCUUGUAAAAUGCCUUCCAAGUAAGUAAGAGACCAGAGGAUAAUCUAGUUCAUGGACAUAACUCAGAAUUUAUUAAAUUAGCUCAUCUGAAGUUCAGAGAACCAAAAGAAAUGCUCAUUUUGAAAAACUGUAAUCAUCUUUCUGUAUGAAAUACUUUAUACUCAAUGGCACUUAUUCCAAUAAGGGAUUAUAAAAUCACAAACAGGAGGAAAUAACUUCUUCCAAGUAAGUGUAGGUGUUUCAAAAGAUUGAACUUGAUUUAAAGAACUAUCACCAAUUGCAUUCAUAAAAUGCAUUCAGUAAUUUCUCACUGGCACAGUAAUUUGACUAUGUAAGGACACAUAUUUUUCUUUUCUUGACCCUCCUCAAAACUUAUAAAACUUGUCUGACAGACUGAUUCACACAGCUCUAUUAUUCAACCUGAAGACAUAUUGAACCACAUUAAUUUUCAUGCCACUGUUCCUUUCAGAUUUUGCCAUUUUAACUCUUACCCCUAAUCCUUUCCAAAAUAUUCCACUUGAAUUAGUCUCUCUGUAUUUUAUCUUUUUGCCAUAGAGGUUAAAGAAUAUGUACAUUAUUUGACUAAAACACCAUAAUAAAACCUCAGUUAAGUAGAAUGUUUACAGAAUGGAGUAUGCUGAUUUAUAUAAUAUAUUAGGAAGAAAAGGAUUCAAUUCAUAUCCACUUUCAAUCUAGGAUUUUUGGAGUAGGACAGCUAGAGAUCACCUAGUCAAAGUUCAUUUUGCAGAUUUAGUUUAACCAUUGAACACUUCCUAAAAUGUAUUAGUGCAUUUUCCUGCCUUAAGUUAAAUAUACCAAAAGUAAUUUCAUCUUUGAUACGCCAGAAUCUCACACAUCAGGGUCACUGUAGAGAACUUUUGAUUCCAUGAUACAAAAACAUAACCUGGAAGUUAUUUUUUAGUAUAUCACUAAGAUGACAGCCUAUGUUAUUCUCUUCCAAAAAUAGAGGGCAGAAAAAUAUUCCAACUUAGUGGAGAGUUCUAAGUUGAGUUCCAUUUAACUAAACUUUUCCAUUUAAAAAUGCAUUUUACAUCAAUUUUUUUAAAUGCUAGUAUAGAUGAACCCUAGUGGGUGAGUUCUGGAUGGGGAGAAAGUUUUUUUUCAAUUUACUUUCUUUAAUAAUUUUUAAGCCCAUUGUGUCAUUCAUCAAGAGAAAUUGAAAGUAUGUUAGGAUUCUGUGUAUUAUAAAAUUGAUCAUGUAAUACAUGAAUAUCGAUGUAUUGUUAAUUAUCUUUGUACAAACCCAACUACGUGUAAAUCUAAAAAGUGAUAUCUAAAGCUGCAAAUUCUUUAUACAUUGUACAUGGCUAGCAUCUUGUGACUAUCUCGGCUUAUUUCUUAAAUAUUUGACUGUUUCAAACACUGUUAGAGAGACUUUAUUCUGCUACUUACAUUUUACAAUAUGACCAGGUUAAAAAAUAAUCUAACUUAAUUGGGCAGCAGAAAAUGAAUCUGCAUUGUGAUUAUAUUUUGUUAUUCUGCUUAAUUUGUGAAAAGGAGAGAAGCACAAAUUAUUAGGAUUGGUUUACACAAUGCCAAAAUUUCUCUUAAAAAGCAACACCACCUCUUUGUUUUUGUGAAGACAAUCUUCAUAAUAGACUUUUAUUGUUACAUUUUCAGCAAAUGAAUUGGUCAAAAAAAAACAAAAAACAAAAAACAAUCCUUGAUUUAAGGAGCCUUAAACAAUAUUCACCCUCCCCCUCCCAAAACAAAAGUUGCUAUACAAGAAAGAUUGCCUUGCCAGGUAAUGCAACUUAAAUACAGUAGUUUGGCUCUGGAAUGCUCUAUCAUGUUUAUUGUAAAGACAAGCACAAAACCUGGUCUUCCAUGUAGACACUCAUUUUUUAUAUAAUUGAAGAAUGGCACAAUUUUAAAGAUUGUAAAAGAAUUUCACCAUAUUUAAUUUUUUUGCACAAAUUUUUUUUCUACUUUAAUUCCUUUGAACUAAAAUAGCAGCUUAUUGUGGUUGGAUUAUUUUUUUACCGUUAUAGCAUUUUUAGAAUUAGAAGGGGAAUUUAAAACCCCUUCUGACAUAAAAGACAGCAUGGAAUAUUGUAUCAUGAUUUGUCAAACAGAAAGUAAUGAGUAUUGAUAACAUCUCCCACCUAUUUACUUACCACAAUAAUCUAGGACUUAAUUGAGAAUGUGAAGCAAUUCAAGGAAUGUGGAAUGAGUAAAAUACUCAGGUCUGAUUUUCCUAAAAUCAUGUUUUUAAAUUUCUUCUGGCUUACAAGAAAAGUGCUGAUAAUAGAUCAUUCUGCCCUAGGUUACCAACUCAGCAAAAUCCAGCAUAGCUAGUAAUAGUCUAAAUGAUGUGUUCUUUGAGAAUCUUUGUCAACAUAUGGGUCUUAAGAAUCCUUUAGACUGACAUUAGAAAUGUUGCUUAGUGCCUGAUCCAGCUAAAUUUUUUUUUCUUUCUUCCAUCUAUCUAUAUCCACAAUUCAUUUAUAUCUGUUUUCCCCCUUUUAUCACCAGAUAGACAGAUGGCCUACACAUACUUACAUUUAACAUUUCAUCUUGCUAGUAGAUUGCCAUCUUACAUAACCUUAUUGAACCCCCUUUCAUGUUCUACACUUAAGCUGAGAAUCUAGGAUGAACAUUUGUUAAUAUUUUUAAAGGAUUUUAAAAUUAAUAAAUGCUUACCCAACAAGACAUUAAGGGCUGCUUUCAAAUUUUUAAGAUGCACUGAUGUAAACUCAUCAGAGCUACUAGCAAAAAAAAAAAAAAAAGUCAUUUUUUUACAUCUUUAGACUAAUAUUUGAUUCUCUUUGUGAAAGAAUCGUCAACUUGGGGGGCAAAGGGAAGAACUUCUGCUGGAAGCUAUCUUUAGCUGUACAACUAUAGGUGAUGGCGCUAGUUACUGAGGAAAAUGUAUUGAUCCAACUGAUAUUUUAAAUUUAAAAAUAAUAAUAAUUUAAUGGAGAUCUAAUCUAUAGAGCUAAUUGCAUUAAAAGCAAUUAUUUUAAUCACAUUUAUAAGUAUGCAUAGAAUACUAUGCUCUGUGCAAACUGAAAGUGAUGUAACAAUAUAAAUGCUGCUUAACUAUAAUAUGCUUAAGCAAUAACUGUAUACUUAACAAAGGAGAUUCUUAAAUUGCAUGACCAUAAUAAAAAGUGAAUGAUCAUUGAAUUUCAAAUACUUUUAAGAUAUCCCUUAGCAUUUUCUCAAUGACAAAAAUGUUAAAAUGCCAUCAAACCUCAUUUAUUUAAUUAAAAAAAAAACAUGCAUCAUAUGUACAGAAAUGCUUGUGUCCUACACUCUUGUUUUAGAGACUUCUUGUAAAAAAAGCAAAAGGAAAAUGGGGGUCACUAUACAUAAUUUUAUCAGUCAUAUGAUACAAUUCAUGUCAACAUACCGUUCUACUUGAAUGCAAAUCAGGAAAACUGGCAUGGGUACAAUUUAGUGGUUUCUAGUAAUACAACACCAUUGCUAUUCUGUUGUUUCAUAGUACCCUACACUUAUUAAGACCAUGAUUUUAAAUUACAUUACUAAUAAUCAAUAACUGGAUUCAUAAGUUUGAAGGCAAUUUCAACACUGAGAGAAAACAACCAAGGAAUAAAAAAAUUUCUUAUUGUCUAUCUUUGGUUCAAUAACUUCAAUGAUUUCAACAUCUAUUUUGUAGCUGAUUUUAAUGGCCCAUGAGAAAACUGUCUUCAAAAGCUAACCAAUACAAGAAUGCAUUAUUUGUAAAAACCAACUAACUAAAUGACAAAGCAAUGAUAAUGUGGAUUCUUGAGGUUUCUAAUAGUUUGAUCUCAAAUUAUAUCUACUAACAUAGAAUGUUACACCUGAAAUCAAACUUCAAAGUUGUCAAGUCUAAUUUAUAUUUAAAGACAAGGAAAAUAAGGCCCAGAUAAAUUGUCUUACCUAAGGCCAAUCAAUGAAGAGUAAAACUCAAUUUUAUCAAUUUUAAGGAGUACUUUCUCCAGGAAGCAAUCCAUGUUGACUUUUUGGUCCCCUAAACUAAAUGCUCAGGACUUUAAAAAAAAUUUUUUUUCAAGUAGUCAUUCUCAUCUCUCAUUCCCACUGACACAAAACACUAGUGUAAGCAAUAGCAAUCAAAGUGUUAUUUUACUUAAUACAAGCUUCUCCCAUCCAGGUAUCUCAGUAUCUUUUUCUUAUAGUUAUAUUGAACUUAAAUGAAGAGUAAUGCUAGUCCUUUUACAAAAUGUCACAUAUUUAAAUAUCUGAGUAAUGAAUGUGUACACUUAAAACAAAAGUGACUACUUUGUUUUUACCCAAUAAAAAUAUCAAUUAUGUAGUACAGAAAAAUGCACAUUUUCCACUUUUUAAAGAGGAAGCUCCCUAAAUACAAUUAAGUUCACUUAUUACCUGAUAAAGGAUUUUAGUUGGAAGCAGAAUUGCAAAGCAAAAAAUGCUAUCACACACUGAACAUUUGACAAAUUUAAAGAAUGAUACACUUUAAUAUACAGACCAUUUUUCAGGAAUACAUGCUUGUAUACAGCAAGGCAUAUUAACUUAAACAUUAGUAGCACAAUAGCUUCUUCAAAAUGUCAAACUUUUCAUUGAGUACAAUUAGUUACUAUAGUAGUAAAAUUUCUGAAAUAUUUUUGAUUUGCACAGUCAAGGGAAAACAACUUUAUUAUCUCUGGCUGAGAUCCAAACCCAGAAAAAAUGAUAAUUCUCUAAAUGAGUCCCAAGAUUGUAAGCAUGGGAAUUCCAUUCUUUUAUUUACCUUUUGUUAAAUAUUCGGUUAACCUGCAAUUUUAAAGCAUGUCGAUAUAUGUUUAAACCUGUUUCUUUACAGCUCUAUGUAAUGAUCUUAGCAACCAGGAAUAUGUAUGUAUACAUGUGAAAUGGUGUGGUUGUCAUUUCAGCUCACUCUUUCCUUCUACAUUCUUUUAAUUAAUUUUUUGUCGAUUUAUCAAAAUUGUUAUAAAAACAAAGUUUUUGUUUUACAGUUACAUUUGCUAGAUCUUCUUGAAGUGCACUGUAAAAAAUAUUUUUAUUUUCAGAAUUUCCAUAUUCCCUACUUUUAAUUACUAGCUUCUCUGUAAUCAUAAAACAAUUAUAACUUUGGAUUUAAGGAAAAUAUUUUUUCCUCUAAGAGAGUUCAAGAAAGUCCUUAAGAAAACCAUUUCAAGAAUCUCUAGGUGCAACCAUAUGAUUUUCUUUGAUUUUAAUGGAAGGCAUAAUAUCUGGUAUAUAUUUGUGACUAAAAUAUGAAAUAUUAGUAUUGUAAUAAGAAAAAAAGAUGUUAGGAUGUUUUGUAAUAUCUAGAUAAUAUAUUUCGAAAUACCAAACCAAUGAAAAGCAUAUUUUGAAAGAAAUACUUUUUUAAUCCCUCAAAUGAUUUCAACCACAUAAGACAACUAAGGAAAAAAAAAUUUCACUCAUUGUACCUUUGUUUAUUUAAGUAGCAAAUAUCCUGGAAUGUUUCAAACCUAAUGAAACAGCUUACCAAAAUAUAUGUUGUUCCUUUUAUCUUUACUUAUACUGUGUAGCAUGAAAUCACGAAGGUGACUUUGAAAUAAUUGUACAGAAAUAUUUAUUUUUUAGCAAAUGUUUUCUUCAAAAAUUAUGUGAUAUUGACAGCAUAAACCAUUUGCACAAUUAGUUUUGCAAUAACCUUCUAAAAAUAACUGUAUAUAGAAAAAUGUAAACUGCAUUGUAAAAAUUAUUGCAAAUUUUUGGUAGCUAAAAAAACAUAUUGGGAGUUUAAAAUGGUAAAAGUUAUAUUAAUAACAUAAUGUACAUAGAGAAUACAAGAAUAAGGGAAACAAUUUUGGGAUUAUUUGUAUGAGAAAACCGAACAAAUUCAAAACACAUAAAUGCGUAUCAUUUAGAGACUUCAAAAGUGCUUGUCUUAUAACUCUUUGAGGGACUACUAUAUUUCCAACAUUUUUUUAGGUACAGCACCAGAUAAGACGCAUGAUGGUGAUCAUUUUUUUUUUUAAAUCAUUAAUUAUAAGAACAGUGCUGCAUUUUACUGGGUUCUAUCAGAACAUCGAUUAGUAGAACUGUAUGGAUGCAUGGUAAAAACUACUACAUUUAAAAUUGAGAAAAUGUCUUUUUUUCAGGUUAUUGUAAGCUGAAAGGGACUCACUAAAAUACCAAUUUCCUUUAUAAAUGCAUUUGUCUUAUGCAAGAUUUCUAAUUGUUAAACAUACAACUUAAUUUUAAACUGAAAUUUUUACUUAAUACACUAUGUAUUUAUUUCUCAUUUCCUUAGUUUGGAAAAUGAAAAUUAUGUUUUUUUUUUCUUUUAUCUAAAUUCCUAUGCAUUUCUUAGUCCCUUCCCUAAUGGAAAAAAAGAGUUGUGUUUGCAAGAAUUAUUUUCUAAUAUAUAACAAAAUCUAAUAAUGAAAUAGUUGGCCCUUCUAUUGACAAUAUAGAACUUUCAAAUACCAAGUGAAAUUAAGGAAAGUUAGUAAUUUAUUUGGCUUGAUAUUUCUAACUUUCAUUAACAAGAAACCUAAAAAUGGCACAAGGAAAACUUUUUUUUUUUUUAAAUGAAAGUUGAGGGGGGAAAAGCAAAUAUACUAAAGUAGCAUGCAUUGAGCUAGUAUCACCAAUGUGCACUCUGACCAAUUAAUAGGUUCUGGAGUGCCUAAGAGAGCCAAAUUUUAAAACUUCUGUUUUUUGUUAUAGGGUUACAGUUAUGGAAUGAGUGCUAUGGGAAAAAUUUAGACCCAUGUUCAAACAAGAAUACCAGUUUAGAUAAAGGCAAUCAAAAAUUAACCCAUGAUAUCAAAGAAAAUAGAUUUCUAAUCUGUAUAGUUCUGGGGCAUGUUUACUUGCACUGUUCAGUUACUCCUUUGAAAUUACAGUAAUUAUAGCAAUGUAUAUUUUUAUAGUUAAGUAAUACUAAUUAAACUACAUUUGCUUGUAAAGGCAUAUGGCUAGCUGUCUUUGUAGUCACAUGUUACAGGGCAGACUUUAGCAAUCCUGGAAAAAUUGAAAGGUAGUCAUCAGAUCAUUCUGUCUGGCACAAAACUCAAAAAUACAACCACUAAAAAUAAUUUUAUUAUUCAAAAGUUUCCCAAGUUGCCAAGUUGCCCAAGUUGUUAAUUGUAUGUCUUAAGUGUAAUAUGGGAACCACAGAAAAUACUUCUGCAGGGGCAGCUAGGUGGUGCAAUGGAAAGAACAUCAGCCCUGAAGGAGGACCUGAGUUUAAAUGUGAUCUUAGACACUUAACAUUUCCUAGUUGUGUGACCCUGGGCAAGUCACUUAACUCCAAUUGCCUCAGGAAAAAAAGAAAAAGAAAAAGAAAAUGCUUCUGUAGCUAUCCCAAGUAAAUCAUGUAGUAAAUUUGCUACCACAUCCUAUACCUUAAUAAAAUAUAAAAUUGUUGCCAAACCCUACUAUAGAUGUUAAUGAGUUUUGUUCCCAAAAAUACUAUUAAAAAGCCUAGUUGUCUUGACCAGACUAUAUGAAUAGAAGUCAUAUUUAGUUAUGAAUUUAUAUUAUAACAAUGAAAGAAACUUCCCUUUGUCCUCAAGAAAAGUAACUGGGAAAAAGUUAGAAUAAAUGAUGGUUUAGAAAUAUAGAGCAAUAUAUAAGCACACAUAGAGCAAAUGGGAGAUUCUGAAGGAAAUUUUCAAAGCUAUUGAAAGUCACUAGAAUAUUACUGAAUGUAGUGCAGAACAGCUCAGUAGCCCAAUAUAUGGCAAUAUGAACUUUCAGCUUUAGAAACCAUGAAAAAUUAUUCAGCCAUAAUUAAACUAAAGCUCCAAAUGAAGUGUGAAAUGGCCCAAUAUACUUCCAAUAUUAUAAGAGGGACUAUUCUUCACUGGUCUGCUUCUAUAUAUAUUUUAAGAAACCUUUAUUUGAAGAACCUAAAAUAGAUUGGAUAACAUUCUCUCUAUAUUAAACUCUAGUCAAAAUUUUUAAAAAUCAGCACUUUUUAAUAUUUCUUUCAAGAAACUUGUGCUGAAUUUUCAAAUGACUGGAGAGAGAAAAAGAGUUCCCAUUAGUGUCAGUUUUAUUUCCUUUACAUAAUUUCCUGAAUUUUUUCCCAAAAUGCUAUCCUGUUAAUUUCCCCAAACACUGCUAUCCUAUUAUAGGAGAAAACAUAUUAUUAUAGAUGAUGACUUUUAAGAACUUUCUUUCAAAGACAAAAAAAUCUAGUUUCUUACAAGUAAUUUAUUAAAGUUUAAUUAAUCUGAGUGACAACGUGCAAGAUUACAUUUCAUUUGGUUUCUCUAUUUCACUUAAAGAAUAAUCACAAAAAUUAAUUUUAGUAUUUUUAAAUGAUGCACAAAGUAUAAAUCACAAUGAAUCCCAUCCAUUUAUUACAUGGAGAAAAUGCCUUCUACAAAUACAAAUACAUGUGGGCAAAUAUUCAUAGUUCAUAAAUUCACUUUUGAUUUUGUGCUACUUUGCUUGCUGAAUGCAUGCUUACAAAGUUUGAAAAAGCACAAUCCAAUUCCUUGGCAUUAAGUUUGAGAUGGACAAAAUUAAGACUGCUCAUUAAGAUGGUUCCAUACUUCCUUAUCACUGGAACUGAAAAUAUCUAUGUUGUCACCUUAACAUAGAAUGCAAUGCCUGACAUUUAUAAUCUGGCAGUUUUUUAGUACUAGAUGAAGUACUGCACUGUUUUUAUGUACUGUAGCAUCUCAUAAUAUGUAUGUUAACAGAUUUUGUAUAAUGCAAAACUUUACAGAAAGCUAUUUGGAUGUUUAUUUCUUAAAAAAAAAAUUCUUAAGAUGACUUGGACCAUUGUUUACUGUACAAAUAAAAGCACUUGUACAUUGA